AUGUCAAUUCACGAAUGUUUUAAGGUAAUUAAUAUGGAAAUGAUUGUUUUAAGUGAUUCAAAUGAAUCUGUUUUAUCUGUUAAUUUAAAUAAUAAACUGAAAAAUGUUAAAAGAAAAAGUAAGAUAAAACCUCAGGUUGAUGAUUCUGAUUCAAGUGACUUUGAAUUUCCUGAAAUACAAUUCUAUCAUGCUAUUAAUGAAGAUAAUAUAGUUAAAUCACAAACUCAUACCAAAAGCUAUUUACCUACUUUAAAUGCAUAUGUUUCAUUAUAUGAAACCGAUGAUAAACAUACUGGAAGUAGUAAAAAUUUAAAACAAUAUGACGAUAAAAAUUCUUUGUAUAAUUCCACCAAUUCAUCUAAUACUGUAAAAAAUUCAAGUAAAGAAAAUAGAAAUAUAGAAAGCCAAAAAAAAGAUAAAACUGAACAUUUAAUAAGAGAAAAAGCAUUAAAAACAAUUGCAAUUAAGAAAUCAAAAAAUACAAAACCUGGUGAAUGUAUGAAAUUUAUGGAAGUUGUUCUUGAUAAAGGUAUUGAUAAUUUUACUUCUCUUACGAAUAUAAUAAAGACACUAACAGAUGCUAAUCUACAAUACAGUACUAAAAUAGAAUUUAUUUCAAAUAGUAUAACAUGGAAAAGAAAUAUUGAAAAUAAUUAUAUUAAUGAGGCCAAUGAAAUAUGUACAGUAACAAAUGUUGAAAAAGUUAAUCAAAUAAUGAUAAUUUGGAAUUGGGAUGAAACAGUCACAAAAGUAGCAGAUAAUAGUUUCUGUGUAUCUAUUUCUAACAUUAAAUCUUCAUUAGCAAAUUAUAAAAUAAUAUUAGUGAUCUUUGGAAUAGAAGAUUACUUUGCAUAUAGAGAACAAGAACAAAAUUUAAAUAAAAAUAGGACAAAAAAAAAAGCACAAGAAAUUUAUGCCAAAAAUAAUCUUCAGUUUAAAAAUUUCCCAAAAAUAUCAAGAAAACAACUUGAAACCUGUCUCAAUGAAAUACAAAUUAUUACUGGUUGUAGCAGCAAACUAAUUAAUAACUCUCAAGAUUUAGCAUUAAUGAUAUACCAAUGUACAAAAGCUAUAGCAGAAACACCACAUAAACUAGAAAAGAAUCAAGAUUUAACAAAUAAAUUUGAUUGGUAUGUAAUGGGAGAUAAUAAGAACACUGUAAAAGUAGAUAAAGAUGGAAAUGGAUUGAAAAGAUUGUGGCAACAACAGCUCUGUCAAUUUAAAUUGAGUAGUCUUGAAAUUGCAGAAGCAAUUUGUUCUGUAUAUCCAAGUCCUACAGAUUUAAUAGAAGCUUAUAUGAACUGUCCAAAUGAUGAAGGAAUAAAUUUGUUGAAAGAUAUCCCGAUUAGAAGAGCGGCUGGACCUCUUACAGCUAUACGUAAAGUUGGUCCAGAAUUAAGUAAAAAGAUCUAUUUAAUGUUCACGUCUAAAAAUGGUGAAAAUGUAUUAAGUUGA